AUGGAUACUGACACGAUAUUUGUGAAUGAUACCAUUCGUCCGCAUACAGCUUCAGUUGUGUGGAGUUAUCUGGAGAGUGAAACCAUUCCACAUGCGCCGUGGCCUGCUAGAUCACUCGACCUGAAUACCAUACAGCAUUUGUGGAACACUUUAGGACAACGGAUACUAGGGCGCUAUGUGCUGUCAGGCACUCUCCACGAGCUCCGACAUGCAUUACUACAGGAAUGGGCGCUGCUGCCACAAGCUAUCACCGACGCAACUUGCUUCGGCCGUUGUCAAUGGUGGAAGUUAUACCAGAAAAAAAAAAAAAAAAAAGAAAUUGUAGUAAAGGACAGAAAUUCAACUAGAGAAUUCUUUUUUGACAAGGUAUUUCCUCCUGAUACAAAACAAAUAUCUGUGGACAAAGCUGUUGUUGGACCACUGAUUCAGGAAGUUCUGAUGGGUUAUAAUUGUACUGUUUUUGCGUAUGGUCAAACAGGAAGAGGAAAAACCUAUACAAUGGAAGGUGAAAGAAACAGUACAACAUGUUCUUGGGAAGAUGACUCAGGAGCAGGAAUUAUUCCCCGUUCUUUGCAUCAGUUGUUUGAAGAAUUAAAUAAAGAAGAAAAUGUAGAAUUUUCUGUUCGUGUGUCAUUCCUUGAAGUAUAUAAUGAAGAGUUAUUUGAUUUGCUCAGUUCAACUGAAUUGUCCAGAUUGCGCUUAUUUGAGGAUUCUAACCGUAAGGGUUCUGUAAUUAUUCAAGGUUUAGAAGAAAUCAUGGUGAAUAGCAGAGAUGAAGUAUAUGCUAUUUUAGAAAAACGCACAUCUCGCAGACAAACAGCUGCAACCAUGUUAAAUGCUACGUCUAGCCGUAGUCAUACUGUUUUUUCAAUAACUGUGCAUAUAAAAGAAAAUACUAUUGAAGGAGAACUUUUAAAAACUGGAAAGUUAAAUUUGGUUGACCUUGCCGGAAGUGAAAAUGUUGGACGUUCUGGAGCUGUUGACAAAAGAGCUAGAGAGGCUAGUAACAUAAACCAGAGCCUUUUGACCUUAGGUAGAGUGAUAACUGCUUUGACUGAGAAACAGCCACAUGUACCUUAUAGGGAAAGUAAGUUAACUAGACUACUUCAAGACUCUCUUGGUGGGCAUACAAAAACAUCUAUCAUUGCUACUAUAUCUCCUGCAUCAUGUAAUAUUGAUGAAACAAUAAGCACUUUGGACUAUGCUACAAAGGCAAAGACUAUAACAAUAAAGCCUGAAGUGAACCAAAAAAUGACAAAAAGAGCUCUUAUUCGUAAAUACACUGAAGAAAUUGAACGACUGAGAAAAGACCUUGUUGCCUUAAGAAGCAAAGAAGGUUUUUACAUUGACUUAGAUAACCAUACAAAUAUGAUUAAUGAAAUUGAGGUUAAGAAAGAACUUAUCAGAGAACUUACUGAAAAGAUUGAGGAGUUGACGGAAGAAAAUACAAAGAUUGAAGAAUUAUUUACUUCAACAAAAGAUGAACCUUACAAGACGUGUGUAAAACUGGAUAAAACUCAUAAAAUGUACGAAAAAACUGCUACCGAACUUUCUAGCAAGACUGACGCAUUAAACUAUACACGAAAGGUCCUUAGUGAAACAACGCUACAGAGAGAUGAAAAUCAGUAUUUAAUUGGCAUUCAAAAAAUUACUGAAAAGAAGCUAUCACAACAAGCACAACUGUUAUUACAAGUUGAAGAUCAGACAACUAAUGAUGUGAGUGGACUUCAUGCUAAAUUUGAGCGAAAACAAAUGGUGGAAAAAACUAAUGAAGAACGAUGUCAAGAUUUUAGAAUGAUGUAUCAAAAACAGUUUGCUAAAUUGGAAGAUAUGGUUUCAAAUGCUGAAAAGGAACAAAUUGAAAAUCUUCAAAGUAUUAAAGAGGAUUUAGAUACUGCUAUACAUGGUUUUCAUGAGUAUCAGCAACAAUCAGUUAAAUGUUUAACUGAUUUGCUUGAUUAUCAUAAGAUUAAUAUGAGUAAUCUAUCAUCGCACAUGAAAGCUGAAGCAGCAAAUGAUAUUCAGUGGGGUGAUUGCUUGCUUGAAAAAUUAAAAUGUAAAAAGGAUUCAAAUAUAUCUGAUAAACACAUGUUUUUAUAUGAGGAAUUCCCAAUAUUGCUCAAUCAAUUAAAUGCAAAAAAUCUGAAGACAUUUUAUGAGCAUCAUGAGCAGUUGCUUAAAGAAUUCCAGCAGCAGACACAAUCUAUUUCGACUACUCAAACUAAUCUGCAAGAGGAGUUCUCAAAGAAAUUGAAUGAACUGCAAGAAAUCAUGUCAUCCCUUCAGACUUACAGCAAAUGUCAAAAAGAAUUGAAUAAAUGUAUUUUUGAGCUCGAAGGAACUUGUUUUAAAAUAAAGGAUAAUAUAGAAGUCUUAAAAGACAUUGAAAGGCCUAUGGAAAUGUUAAUACCCUCAUCAGAAGAAACUGAAAAAGAGAAGGCUAUUUUAGAUUAUAUAUUAGGUACAAUAAAUGUAAAAGAGUUUGUUACAAGAAAUGAAAGCAUAUUUGAAAGUGGACAGAAUAUAAAUUCUUCUGUUUGCAAUCUUUUGGAGCAAAAUACAAAGGCAGAAGAGGAAAAUUUUACAGACAUUAAAACUGCAUUUGGAAAUCAUUCAUCUUUUGUUUCUCACAAUCAGCAAACAGCAGGAGACAUAUUUAAAGAUAUUGAAACAUCUUUGCUAAAUAAAGUCAGAAAUGAUAGCUCUCUACUUCAAAAACGCAGUGAAGUAUUGCAGACCGUUACUCUGAAAUCAACAAAUACUGUUAAUGAGUCUGAAAAGGCUAUUAAUGAAGCAGCAGCAAAACUUAAAAAUGAAAUAUUUAAAAGAGAUCUUGAAUUUGAGAAAUUCAUUGCAGAAGACUUAGUUAAAGAUGUUCCUACAGGAACAACACCUGUGCGAAAAACAUAUGUUUAUUCAAAGAUGCUUGUUGCAACAUCUCCUCAUGACCGCAUACUACAGAGGUUCCACACACAACUGGCGGCUGACACCGCUGUUGCAGUAAACUUGCCUUUAGAUUCAAGUUUAAAUGAAAGUGAAGAGCUGAAAAACACAGAUAAUGAUGUAAGUCCUGAAGUUACAAACCUGAAUUCAUCUGUAAGUGAAAAUUCCAGCUGCGAAACUGCCUCUUCUGUAUCAGACGCUAAAAAGACAAAAUCGACUCCUUAUAUAACGUUUGAGAAGAAAACGAAUUGUCUCUGUAAUGAAGAAAAUAACUGCUGUGAGCAGAAACUUCAAAAUAACCAAGCUUAG